UUUCACUUGGAAUCGGGGUUAGGUUUAAUGUUGAUACAAGUAUGUAUCACGUCGCUUGUAUCAUAUAACUUAUCUUGUAGCAUAUAUCACCGUUUCGUGCGGUCGGCUUUAUCUUUCACAGUCAUCGCGAACGAUGAAACCGUCAAGUCGCACUUUUAAUAUUUGCUUUCUUUGGAACAUACUUCCGCCAGAAAUUUCUCACGUCUUUCACAUUUGCGAGUCAAGGACGAUUGUCGAGAAAUUUUUAAAUCGGAACCUUAUCAGUUUUGAAAAAAGUUGUCAGGGCGAAUAUGACACAAGGGAAAAUUACAAUGACAACUUGGGGCGUGAUGGACGGUCAGGAAAUGAAAAAGUUCACUCUGAGAAACAAAGUUGGUCAGGAAGUCGACGUUGUGACGUAUGGCGCGACCGUGACUGCCAUCAGAACACCGGACAAGCAUGGUAACAUAGAGGACGUAGUACUUGGUUUCGACAAUGUGGAAGGAUAUCAAUCAUCAAAUAACCCGUACUUCGGUGCUACCAUCGGCCGAGUCGCAAAUCGCAUCGGAAAAGCGACUUUCGUCGUGGACGGUCAGCGUUACCACGUGUCGAAAAACAUAGGUGAAGAUAGUCUUCACGGUGGCGCCCACGGCUGGAGCAUGAAGAUGUGGAACGCCACUGUGGAGGACGAUCGCGUAGUGAUGACCUUAAUCAGUCCGGAGGGCGAUGAGGGCUACCCGGGAACAGUAACAACCACGACUACCUUCCAAUUGAACGACAACGGAGAAUUGUGCAUAAAGAUGAAAUCUACAUCCCCGAAGGCAACGCCGAUCAACUUGACGAAUCACAGCUACUUUAAUCUCGCUGGACACGCUACGGACGCGACGGAGUUGUAUAAACACGUAUUUAUGUUCAACGCGGAUCGCUGGACCGUUACAGAUUCGGGCCACAUUCCCACCGGCGAGAUACGGUCAGUCGAGAACUGUGUGAUGGAUCUCAGGAACGCCACCACGCUUAGCGACGUUAUCGACAAAGUUCCAGGUGGCGGUUACGACUACAAUUUUUGCUUGCCGGCGCCAUACGACAGUAGGAAAGUCAAUUUCGUUGCUACGGCGAUACAUCCGGCCACAGGGAGACGUUUAGAUGUGUAUUCAAAUCAGCCUGGUGUACAAUUUUAUACAUCCAAUUCUCUGCCCGAGAGAAACGACACGGCUGUUAUAGGCAAACACGGAGCACAGUACUUUAAGCAUGGCGCCUUCUGUUUGGAAACGCAAAAUUAUCCCGACGCUAUAAACAAUAAAAACUUUCCUAAUAGCGUACUGCGACCAGGGGAUAUAUACGAGCACAUUGUUGUAUAUAAGUUUGGAGUAAAAGUGUAACAUACAUAUAUAUAUAUAUAUACAGAGCUCACUUAUCGAGACUAUAAACUGGAAAAUUAAAUGAAUAUUAACUAAUAAAAGAUAUAUUGUUAAUCAUU